UUUUCAAAGUAAGACUUAUAGAUUUAACGUUAGAUCUGAAGUUGAUUGCCAAAAUUGAGCAUAAUCAUUCACUUUUCAAAGUCUUCUCUUUGUUUGAGUCAUGGCAAAUUUCCCCUCACCUUGUUCUUCGUCUUCUUCUUCUUCUACGGCCUCGUUUGGAUCUUCGACAAGUGCAAAGACGUGGGUUGUCCAUGGAAUUGUGGCGGGAGUGGCGAUUGCAGCGGCGGUGGGUGCACGUGCUUACAUGACCCGAUUCGACAAGUUUCGGAGCCGGGUCCUGGGUAUUAUACCCGCCCGAUAUGCAUCUUCUCGGUUUCCGGGAAAGCCUCUGGUUCAAAUCCUGGGCAAGCCCAUGAUCCAGAGAACAUGGGAAAGGGCAAAGCUGGCGGCUACAUUGGAUCAUAUUGUUGUGGCAACUGAUGAUGAAAAGAUUGCUGAUUGCUGUCGACAAUUUGGAGCUGAUGUUAUUAUGACAUCAGAAUCUUGCAAAAAUGGUACGGAGCGCUGCAACGAAGCCUUACAGAAACUUGGGAAAAGUUAUGAUAUUGUUGUCAACAUUCAGGGUGAUGAACCACUUAUUGAACCUGAGAUAAUAGACGGUGUUGUGAAAGCUUUGCAGGCAGCUCCAGAUGCAGUGUUCAGCACUGCAGUCACAUCUUUAAAGCCUGAAGAUGCUCAUGAUCCAAAUAGAGUGAAAUGUGUGAUAGAUAAUCGUGGUUAUGCCAUCUAUUUUUCACGAGGAUUAAUCCCAUUCAACAAGUCAGGGAAGGUCAAUCAACAGUUCCCGUAUUUGCUUCAUCUUGGGAUUCAGAGCUAUGAUGUGAAGUUUCUAAGGAUAUAUCCUGAUCUUCAACCUACUCCUUUGCAACUAGAGGAGGAUUUAGAGCAGCUUAAAGUCCUUGAGAAUGGCUACAAGAUGAAGGUGAUAAAGGUUAAUCAUGAGGCCCAUGGUGUUGACACUCCGGAAGAUGUUGGAAAGAUAGAAUCUCUAAUGCGUGAGAGGAACUUGUCUUGAACUCAGAUACUACGUAGAAACUAUAUGCAAAUUAAUCAUUAUUACACCAUAGGUAGAAAGGUCUUUAUUUUUCUCCUAGUAUAAAUCUUCUUGUUGCAUUCGAAAUAGUAUUCGUGUUAUUAUUUAUGUUGUAUGUUAUUCUUUGUCUUUAGAUAAUAGACUUCUGAGAUACACAUAACAUAUUUAUUACAAUA